AUGAUCCAUAUCACCGCUCUUCCCAGCGAGCUUCUUACUCUCAUUGUCUCUUACGUCGAUCCAUCAUCUUUGAAGAAUUUGCGCCAAACAUGUCGCCUUCUCUCGUAUAUCACCAUUCAGCUGUUGUUUGAGACCUUGAAACUGUAUCCUACCGAGGGCAGCUAUGAGAUUAUGGAUGAAAUCUUAACGGGUUCAACUUUGGGGGAUGCGGUCAAAAAGGUGUAUAUCAACACACGCGAGCAUCCAUAUGACUCAGAUGACGAGGAAGAAGCCUACUUUCCCAAAGAAUUUGAAAACAGAAUUUCACGCCUUAAGACCUUGUCAAAGGUACAAAACGCUGUGUUACAAUUUGACAAGCGUUGCGGCGUGUCUAGGCAUCAUUGGAUUAGCAAACCUCCUCAGACAGUCGCCUUUCGCAAAAAGGCUCUCAGUGUCUUCUUUGAAUGGCUGGCUUCACUCAAGGUAGCUCUGCAAUCCUUGGGUAUUCAGCAUCUGCAGGAUAUCAACAUCAAAAAUGACGAAAUACGUAAGAAUAUGACUAAAGUGCUGCGGGAUUUGCGAUCUCUUCGCCUAAGCAUUGUGAGCGAGCACAAUACUGCCACAACAGAAGAUCCUGCAGAGCUUUGGAACCAGGACAGAUUCAGUCUAUUUCCCGAGUCGCAAUCCUUUUUUACAAAGCUUCCGUCAGUUUGGCUGAAACCAACCGCGUCGUCUCUUGAACACCUGACCCUUUUCUGCGACACCUGGUUUGGGUUUCGCCCAAAGCUUGAACUGAGCGAGGUCCACUUUCCGCAUCUCAAAAGCCUUGUUCUGGGAAAUUUUACCUUCUUCCAAGACUCCCAGCUAGAGUGGAUUCUCUCACAUGGAGCCACCUUGAGUGAAUUGUCUCUGGACGAUUGCAUGAUCCUGUAUGAUCUGUCUCUUUUUGAAGACAACGCGGACGAGUAUUCAUUUAGCAAAGACGAGAUGGAACUCCGCCUUGAGGAUGAGGGGGAGGCAGGGUACGGGUACUACUACUCCUACAACAAGCGUUGGCAUCAUUACUUCGACGCUUUCCGAAAAAGGCUGCCUCAUCUGCGCCAUUUUCGCAUUGGGACUAGUGAUUGGACUCAUGGUGUACCAUUUGAGACGGAAUCUGAAAUGAGAAUCGGCUUACUUGAGGAAAGAUACGGGGUGUGCUAUGAUGGGUGGGUGCCGACUCCAUAUGUUGAGGUCAGUUAA